AUGUCAAUUUUAACCAAUCCUUUAUAUCGUCCAUUAUUUGAAAUUAUUAAAUCGGCUAGAAAUGGUAUUGUCUAUGGUGGUAAAUUACGUUUCCUGCAUGCAUUGGUUAUAAAUCUAUUGUACCGUUCCGGACCUAUAUUACCAAGAUUAAAAUCGGUAUUAGAAGCUACUAAAAAUCAUGCUGAAGUAUUGGCAUCAUUUGCAAUAAUAUAUAAAGCUUGUGUCAUGAUGUUAAAACAGGAUAAUUUCUUAGGUGAGAAAAAUAUGGGGUUGAUCAAGUUUUUAAGUGGAUGUUUUGGAUCAUGGAUUGUUUAUAGUCAACAUUUCAACAUUUUCCAUAGUGGAAUCACUCAUCAGAUCACAUUGUAUUGUUUCAGUAGAGUUGUAUUGGCAUUAGGAAAGAUAUUUUUAGAUAAUUAUUUACACUGCUUCCAACCAAGUUUCAGAAAUUAUCAAGGAGACACCAUAAAAUUCAAAGAUUUGAAUAAUCAACAACAGAAAAAGUUAAAGAAUAUGUUUUAUAAUAAGCUGUGGAAAUAUUUUGCUAUAUUGACCUGGGGUCUAGUUAUGUUUAUUUAUGAUUACCAACCACAAUACUUGCAAAGUUCGUUGCGUCAUAGUAUGGCAUAUAUUUAUGAUGUGGAGAUGGAUACCUGGUCAAAUUGGAGAGAAUUCUUAGGAAUCUGA